GAGGAAGUGGAACAACGAAUCUCUGAUUUGGACUCCCUGUUGCAAGCCUACCAGGCCAACGAGAGGAAGUUCCUCGAACUGGCAAAGGCCAAGGCGGAUGCUGAUCGUCAGAUGCUGGUCAUAAAGGGCAUUAAGGAGGCGCAGCCACCGAGUCGUCUUCAGAGUGGCCUCCCAGCCGGAAGACGGCGACGUUCCUUCAGUACUAAUACGCUAGAACUGGAUGAACACGAGGGACGAAAAUUUGUUGCUACCGAUUUCGGCUAA